UACUACGCGAGACGAACACUUACGGGAGAAGGCUUUCAAAAUGUCUUCUGUUCGAUUUACCGUGACAAAAACUGAUGAAAAUGCAGACCAUGACGCAAAUGAUGACUCCCACACGAUUCCUAAGAUCCAAAUCGUAGACUCUGAGGGGAAAUCAACAACAAAAUACACACGAUUAGUUGAUGGAUCAAGUGGUAAUUUUGGCAGAGUUCAAAAGCAUGUUGCGGAUAGCAUUGCUAAUUGGUUCAAGCUACAUGGCGAUGGAGGAGAAAGGUCGGAUAAUGUGGCCAUUCUGGAAUCAGGAAUUCAGGAGAGGAACUUGGCUCUGUAUGAGGAUGAGAUGGAACACAGACCUAAAGUGUCGUCCCUUAUCAGUUCCCUGGCCAACUACAAGACUUUACCAGAAUAUACAGAGGAACCAGAUGAAAAGAGAAAGACAGCUAUAAAGAUGCAUUGUGAGCGGAAAGCACCCAAGAUGGGCACCCUGAUGGGCGUGUACCUGCCUUGUCUUCAAAACAUCCUUGGAGUUAUCCUUUUCAUCCGUCUUGCCUGGCAGGUCGGCACAGCUGGUGGUCUGGAGUGCUUCUUCAUAGUUCUUGUAUCCUGUCUUACGACAAUGCUUACUGCAAUCUCCAUGAGUGCCAUUGCGACCAAUGGGGUAGUGCCUGCAGGUGGGGCCUAUUUCAUGAUCUCAAGAGCUUUAGGACCAGAGUUUGGUGGUGCAGUGGGGGUGCUAUUCUAUCUAGGAACAACAUUUGCCUCUGCCAUGUACAUCCUUGGAGCGAUAGAAAUCUUACUGAUCUACAUUGCCCCUCAGAUGUCAUUGUUUGGUGAUAUAUCUUCAGAAGGAGGUGGUGCUUCUCCUGCAUUGCUGAACAACAUGAGGGUUUAUGGGACUAUCAUCCUCAUCAUCCUAUCUCUUCUUGUCUUUGUUGGGGUGAAGUACGUCAACAAAUGUGCUUUGCUCUUCCUUGGAUGUGUCAUUGUCACCAUCAUCUGUAUCUAUAUCGGCUUCUUUACUCCUCAUCAUCUUAAGUACUGUGCACUCAAUAGCAAUAUAGCUAUGCAGCGAGACAUCAGCAUGGAGAGCAAUUGCAGUUGGUAUAGUGAAGAUGAAAACAACACACGUAUUCUAACACCGUUGGGUGAAUCACUGUGUGCUUCCUAUGCUAAUGGUACAGACUGUGCCAGCGUAGAGUCGGAGUUAGUUCUGAAAUGGGAAAAGGCUAUACCAGGAAUCACAUCAGAUGUAUUCAGAGUGAAUGCAUGGAAUCUGUAUCGUGAAGCCGGUGAGGUGUUACCAGGUGAACAAGGCAAGGCAAAUCAGAUCGUUGCUGACAUCACAACAUCAUUCACCAUCCUCUUAGCCAUCUUCUUCCCCUCAGUUACGGGUAUUAUGGCAGGUAGUAACCGAUCGGGUGACCUCAAGGAUGCACAGUAUUCAAUACCCAGAGGAACCAUUGGAGCAAUCCUAACAACCAGCUUGAUCUAUCUUUCAUCUGUUUUGUUCUUCUCUGGAACUGUUGCUGGUCCUGUCUUGCGCGACAAGUAUGGUCAAGCUAUAGGUGGAGGUCUCAUAGCUGCUGAGGUAUGCUUCCCGACAGUGUGGGUGGUGCUUAUUGGUGCCUUCCUAUCUACUGUUGGGGCGGGGCUCCAAUCCUUGACUGGUGCACCACGUCUCCUCCAGGCCAUUGCGAAGGACAACAUCAUCCCUUUCCUGUCUCCGUUUGGGAGGGGGUCUGCAACGGGAGAACCUACAUGGGCCCUGCUGCUGACGGCCCUCAUCUCAGAGAUUGGUAUCCUGAUCGCAAGUCUGGAUCUGGUUGCUCCAAUCAUCACCAUGUUCUUCCUCAUGUGCUAUGCCUUUGUCAACCUGGCCUGUGCCCUUCAGACCCUCCUGAAGACCCCUAACUGGAGACCCCGAUUCCGCUUCUACCACUGGAUCCUGUCUUUCUUUGGUCUAUCCCUCUGCAUCGCGCUCAUGUUCAUCUCCAGCUGGUACUAUGCCCUUUGUGCCAUCGCAGUGGCUGCUUUCAUCUACAAGUACAUCGAGUAUCAAGGAGCUGAGAAAGAAUGGGGAGACGGGUUGCGUGGUCUUUCCCUUACCGCUGCUCGCUACAGUCUACUUAAGCUUGAGGAAGGUCCCCCUCACACCAAAAAUUGGCGUCCUCAGAUUUUGGUUCUAUGCAAGCUGAACAAUGACCUUGUUCCUAAACAUCGCAGACUUCUCACCUUUGCCAGUCAACUUAAAGCAGGCAAGGGUUUAACACUAGUUGGUUCUGUUUUGGAAGGAGAUUUCCGCACCAAGUAUGGCGAAUCCCAAGCCGCCCAGCAGAUGGGGUACGGAGAAGCACAAGCCGCCAGGGAGGAACUGAAGAAGAUGAUGGAUGAAGAAAAAAUGAAAGGCUUCUGUACUGUUGUGGUUACUAACAAUGCGACUGAAGGACUUUCUGCAUGUGUUCAGAUGUGUGGUUUAGGUGGUCUGAAGCAUAACACAGUUGUGAUGGGAUGGCCGUAUGGAUGGAGACAUAACACCGAUGAGAGAUCUUGGAAGGUGUUCUUAGAUACUGUUCGAGUUGUGUCUGCCAGUCACAAUGCCCUAUUAGUGGUGAAGAAUUGUCAGUUGUUCCCAGCCAACAAUGAGAAACUUGAUGCAGGAUGCAUAGAUGUCUGGUGGAUUGUCCAUGAUGGUGGUAUGCUUAUGUUGCUCCCUUUCCUUCUCCGCCAACACAAAGUUUGGAAGAACUGCCGCAUGAGGGUGUUCACAGUAGCACAAUUGGAAGAUAACAGUGUACAAAUCAAGAAAGAUCUUACGACUUUCUUGUAUCAUCUUAGAAUCGAGGCUGAGAUUGAAGUAGUUGAAUUGCACGACUGUGAUAUUUCAGCCUACACGUAUGAACGCACACUCAGGAUGGAACAGAGGAAUGAGAUGCUUAAACAGAUGAAACUGUCCAAGAAGGAGAGUAGAAUGGAGGCCCAAGCCAUCUUCGACCACCACCACUCCACAACGAGUGGCUACUCCUCUCCCAAACGCAAGAGAUCUAGUGAUAAGACAGUGUCCUUCGACCUUAACACCACAGAAUCCCCCUUCGAUAUCGCUAUAGUAACGGAAGAAGGUGAAGAGGAAGAAGAUGAUCAAGAAGCCGUCGACACCCCUCUGGUUAAACUUGAAGACACGCCCACCGAUGAAUCCCCGUCCCACCCCAAAUCUAAUGGGGCCAAUGGGUCAGCAGCAACGGAGAAGAAGAAACAACAUGAGUUCAAGAACAUGCACCUGCAACCGUCACUAGGAAAUGUGAGACGCAUGCACACAGCUGUUCGUCUGAAUGAGAAGAUUGUGGAGAAAUCCCAUGAUGCCCAUCUUGUCAUUCUAAAUCUUCCAGGUCCUCCAAAGCAUGCUUAUGCAGAACAGAAUUAUAUGGAAUACCUUGAGGUACUAACAGAAGGUUUGGAUCGAGUGCUCAUGGUCAGAGGUGGUGGACGAGAGGUCAUCACUAUCUACUCUUGAUCACAUCAAGGUCAUCUAAGGUCAGAGGUCGCACAUACCAAAGGUCGCGAUCCAUCCGAUUCUUUAUAUAUGCCAAAGAUACCUACAUGGUGUGUCUUAAUGUGCUUAGUGUCACUGGCUUUAUAGGGCUUUUUGCAUUUGAAUCAUCAUUCAGAGUUAAUAUAAUACUGUCCUAUUUAUUACCAUCUUUUCUUUUGUUAUAGGCAUGUCUCUUUUUUCUAUAAUAAAAUGUUUCCCCUUGAAAAUUAAAUGUUGCUCCAUAAACUAUGCCAUGCCACUGAUACUUAAAUUAAUACUUUAAUUAGUACAGGGAAAUAGUUUACAGUUUUGUGGUAUGCAACAAAUUUAUCUAGAUUUUAUAAACCCUUGUAUACUUGUAUCUUUAAAAGAUGAUAAAUAUUUAUGAAAACCACCUUAAUUUUUUUCUUAAAUUAUGUUAUUAACGUAUUUACAGAAAUUGUUUGUAUUAAACAUUUAAAGAAAUAUAUUGCAACAAGUAUUUUAAACAAAGGGGACAGUUGUGUGAGUUUUUAUCCUUUUAAUAUAUAGAUAUGUAUUGAAUAAAUCAAUUAAUAAGUGAGGUCCAAAUAAGAAAUUAUUUGAGUAACAAAGAUGUUUGAUUAUAAAUGAGGAUGGAAUAUUCCUGUGUAUUUCAUGAAGUGUGUGUUGCAGUUGGAUUUUUGUCACGUUUGGUGGACAUUAUUUUUGGAUUGAAUCUUUCCCAUUUUGUGGUGCUUCUUAUAGCGGUCCGUUCUUGCAUUGGUCUUGAUUCUUGUAAAAUCGCCUUGUGUGUAUGGCAAAAUGGUCUUAAUUUCAGAUUAUUCCAUAUUCCAAUUAAAAGUCCUGUGAAAACUGGAGGGUAAGAAAUAUUUUCCUGGGUCCGGUAACACAAAGGUGAGCGAUUAAUUGUAUGCAUAAUUUUUCACGAUUAAUUGUAUACAUUGUAUUCAAUGCAUUCAAUCGUUAAAAAAAAUAAGAUUGCUAAGCUUUGUGUUAUGGUCCCCUGCACAAGCCACAGCAGCUGCAGAACACAACUGAACUAAAUAUAAUCAUGUGAAGAAGAUAUAUUAAAGUCGUUUGUAAGUAUGCAUGACUGGUGACUGGUUUGUAAGUGGUAAAAUCUCUAUGAUUUUUAUUCUCUUGAGCUAUACUAGUAGUUAGAAUCCAAUCUUUGUUAGAUGAAAACUCAUCUGAGCAACUGCAUGUUUUUUAUAAACUAUGAAAAUGAAAUAGAGAUAUGGAUUAUGGUUAUCAGGUAAAGCAAUUCUAUCAGAAUUUCAUUGAUUUCAAAGCACCUGUUUCCUCAAGAUCAUUCUGUGAACCAUAGUCUUUAUAUUGACCUGUAGAUAGUCUCUCACAAGGGGAUGCCAGUCUUGGGUUCAUAUUUUAUAUACCAUCCUAGUCAUAAUUUGUCUACUAGUCUGUGGAAUAGACUUUAUCCCUGGUUUCACUAUCAGAAUUUAAAGCUCUUUUGCCAAGCACAGAACGUUUCGAAUCAAGUCUUCUUUUUUUUUAAAUAAAAUAGUUGAAGUUUAUUUACGUCAGUGAUUUCCUCAGCUUACAUUCAUACUAACUGAAAUUGAUUGUGAUAUGCAAUGCUGUUUUUUUGAUUGACGUAUAAAGCUCUGUAUAUAAUUCAGUCUUUUAUAUUGAAGAAAAAAAUAUUAGCUGAGAGAUAUAUUUUGGCCUGUUGAUAUAGUACU